AGAAGAAACCGGUGUGAAAGCAAAAGAAAGACACGACGAGGAAGAAAGCGACCAAAAUAUCCCCGGAAAGUUAGUCUAUAAUUGGCGCAGUCUGUCAGAGCUCUGUUUUAUGUGCGCAGGGCAGGGCAGCCGUCUGAAACCCAACACUUAGAUGAUCCCUCCCACCUCCUAACAGAGGAGUGCAAACUCCACAUCACUCCAUAACGCUGCUCCUCACUGACAUACAACUCGAAGGAUUACUGUUACCUGUGGAAACCUUACCAGGAGUUUUAUUUGGAGCAGGAUGCUGUUUUGAUAGCUGACUGAGGUGUGUGUGUGCUUCUGGAGGAGGAACCAUCUCAUUACAACAGACAGCACAGAUAAAACAACUUGAUGAUAUUAAUACUUUAGCAGGAACAUCAGAGAACAACAGCGGAGAAGGAGAUGGAGUUUCGAUUCGGGUUCAGGAUCCUGCUGGUCCUGACCGCACUGACUCUGACACUAUUUGGAGGAGGUGUUGAAGGUCAAAGGGCAGGGUGCAAAAACGUCCACUAUGAUCUGGUCUUCAUUUUGGAUACAUCCUCUAGUGUGGGAAAGGAAAACUUUGAGAAGAUCCGUCAGUGGGUGGCAAAACUGGUGGAAUCGUUUGAAGUAGGUGUGGAUAAAACACGUGUGGCCGUUGUUCGCUACAGCGACCGGCCCACCGCCGAAUUCAACCUGGGCAGGUACAAAAACCUCGAGGAGGUCAAGCGCGCCGCUGGAAACAUCCGCUACUUGGGUGGGAACACCAAGACAGGAGACGCCAUCAGCUUCACCACCAACAACAUCUUCACGGAAAGAGCGGGAGCACGGCCCGCAGCCAAAGGUUUUCAGAAAGUGGCCAUCUUACUAACGGAUGGCAAGAGUCAAGAUUACGUUCUGGAGCCGUCUUUAGCCGCCGCAGCUGCUGGAAUCAGAAUGUUCGCGGUGGGGAUCGGAGAAGCUCUCAGAGAGGAACUGGAGGAGAUCGGAGCAGAGCCCAAAAACGCUCAUGUGUUCCACGUGACGGACUUCGAUGCCAUUGAUAAGAUCAGGGGGAGGUUGAGGAGGAGACUCUGCGAGAAUGUCCUUUGUCCCAACAUGAAGGUCCAGGCUGGUCGCUUCAGGAAAAACAGCACCAGUGCAGGACAGACAGAGGUCCCAGGUUUUGAUUUGAUGGAGUACUUCAAUGUGAGAGAUUUUCUGGGGGAAAAGUUUGAGCCCGGUCAGACCCCCUAUGUCAGGCUCGGGACAAUGCCAAUUGUCCAAAAAACAGAAGAUGUGUUAUCUCAAGGUCUGCCUGAUGAAUACGCCUUUGUGACAACAUUUAAGUUCAGGAAAACGUCUCGUAAGGAAGACUGGUACCUGUGGCAGGUCUAUGACAAAUACGGCAUUCCUCAGGUCUCCAUCCGUUUGGAUGGUGAGAACAGAGCUGUGGAGUACAACGCAGUGGGUCUGACUAAGGAUGCGGUCCGGGCCGUCUUUAAGAACCCAGAGGUGGACAACCUGUUUGACCGUAACUGGCAUAAGAUUGGCAUGAGGGUGGACUCCAAAUCAGUGUCGCUCUUCCUGGACUGCAAACACAUCGAGACGUUGCCUAUAGAGGACAGAGAAGAUAUUGAUAUCCAGGGAAAGACUGUCAUCGGAAAGAGACUCUAUGACAGCGUUCCGAUUGACUUUGACCUCCAAAGAAUGGUCAUCUACUGUGAUGGUAAACAAGCCGAACAGGAGACAUGCUGCGAUAUUCCCGGUGGUCCAUGUGAACAAACUCUGGUGACCGAGGCUCCCCCGCUCCCAUUGCCCACCCCAAAACCCACCAGUGCUGAACAGCAGAAACCAGCAACAUUCAACUGCUCCUGUCCCGCAGGGGAAAGGGGUCAGACAGGCCCACCGGGUGACACGGGGCCCAGGGGUGAAAAGGGUGAUCCUGGUCUUAGAGGGGCUGAGGGACCGCCAGGACUCAAAGGCCAGAAAGGAGAGCGUGGUCAGGCUGUCUCUAUCAAAGGUGAUAGAGGGGAAAAGGGGGACAGAGGUGAGCGAGGUGAACCUGGAGACAGAGGAGACAGGGGAGAGAGAGGUGUAGAUGGUUUACCAGGUCUUUCUGGGAAACCAGGCGAUAAAGGAGAAAGAGGUGAUAGAGGACUUACGGGUGAAGCUGGGUUACCUGGACCUCUCGGAAUGAAGGGUGUCCAAGGUGAUGCUGGUCCUCCAGGAAAACCAGGUGCUCAGGGCCUCUCUGGCAGCGCAGGAGUAAAAGGAGAAAAAGGAAUGCCUGGAGAUAGGGGUGAGUCGGGACUAGACGGGUUUCCAGGGAAACCUGGAGUUCCAGGAAAAGAUGGUCUCAGGGGGUUAACUGGUGCUCCUGGUUCAAGUGGAGUCAAAGGAGAAAAGGGAGCACAAGGCCCUCCUGGAAUACCUGGAAAUGCGGUUCAACUGGAAGGGCUCAAGGGGGAAACUGGCAACCCUGGUGCAUCAGGACCACCAGGAGCAGACGGCCCACCCGGACCACCAGGCCCACCUGGACCCCAAGGUUUGCCCGGAGAACCUGGCGAGAAUGGACAAAGGGGAAAGAAAGGAGAGGCGGGAUUGCCUGGAGUCGAUGGACUUCCUGGCCCACCUGGCCCUCAGGGACCCCCCGGACCUUCAGGCAGCCCAGGAAAGACAGGGCCUCCCGGGUUACCUGGUGAAAUUGGAUUCUCAGGAAAACCAGGAGAACCCGGAAAACCAGGCCUGCCAGGAAAGGAUGGAGUGGAUGGUUUCCCUGGAAAUGAUGGCGAGAAGGGACAAAGAGGAGAACCUGGACAAGACGGAUUUCCUGGCAAGCUAGGACCAAAGGGAGAAGAAGGCCCUCCAGGACCAAGAGGACCUUUAGGUGAACGGGGAGAGCCUGGUUUACCUGGUGAAGUAGGCCAAUUGGGACCCAAAGGAGAUAGAGGAGACCAGGGAGAAAGAGGAAGAGAUGGACUAAUCGGGCCAAAAGGAGAUAAGGGAGACAAGGGAGAAGUUGGCCCCAGGGGACCAGCAGGUAUCCCAGGAAAUGUUGCCAACGUGAUUCCUGAACCAGGUGAACCGGGCAAGCCUGGAGAAAAGGGAGAGAAAGGAGACCAAGGCAAACCAGGAGAGACGGGUCAGAGAGGUCUUCCUGGAGAGCAAGGAUUCAGAGGACAGCCAGGAUUUCCGGGACCUAAAGGUGAAGCAGGUGAUAAAGGAGAAGCCGGGAGAAAUGGAGACCCAGGUCCACCAGGAUUGAUGGGCCCUCAGGGGCUUCGAGGGCUGCCAGGCAAUGCGGGUAUUCCAGGGAGUAUUGGUCCACCUGGUAUUGCUGGACAGAGAGGGGAGAAGGGUGACGCAGGAAAAGAUGGACCUCGUGGACCACCUGGUCCAAACGGUGAGCCUGGUUUAAGAGGAGAAAUCGGUUUACCAGGAAAAGGCAAAGAUGGGCAAAAGGGUGACACAGGACCUCCGGGGCCGGCUGGAACUCCAGGACUGAGAGGUUUGCCAGGCCCACAGGGACCGCAGGGGAUGACAGGAGACAGAGGUCCUGCUGGAGAGGGGACCACCGGACCCCCAGGUCCACCUGGACCUUCGGGGCCAACUGGAGCAGCAGGUUUAAGAGGACCUCCAGGUGUGACUGGACCACAGGGCCCUGCUGGACAUAACGGUUUGCCUGGAAGACCUGGAGAAAAGGGCUCGCCUGGAGAACCGGGAAAAGCUGUAGAUCCUUCUGAUCUAGACCUGAAGGGCAUUUGUUCAGAUUGUCCUGCAGGACCGGCUGGACCUCCGGGUAUUCCAGGAGCUCCAGGAGAAAAAGGUCAAAAUGGACCACCCGGUAAAAACGGUCAAGAUGGUUAUCCGGGACCAGCUGGGCCAACUGGACCUUCAGGACCACCUGGUGCUGAAGGAGCCAAGGGGAUUAAAGGUGACAGAGGUCCAGGAGGAAACCCUGGAGAAAAAGGAGAAAAGGGACCUCCAGGACCUCCUGGUUAUCCAGGGGCCGCAGGUGCCAUGGGUGCACCUGGUAAUGAUGGAAACCCAGGGCCUAUUGGACCACCCGGAUCACCUGGCGAAAAGGGUAAAGAGGGUCUGACGGGAAUUCAGGGACCUCCAGGACUGCCAGGUCUGAUGGGCAUGAUAGGGAAACCCGGAAAAGAUGGAAGACCAGGAGAACAAGGAGAGGCGGGCAAGCAGGGUGAACCUGGACCACCAGGCAGAGAUGGACUUCGAGGAAUGCCUGGUUUCAAAGGUCACAGAGGAGAACCAGGACCACCAGGGUCAAAGGGUGAAGAGGGGAAGCAGGGCGCUCCCGGGCGUGAAGGCUCACCUGGAAAAGAUGGUAAUAAAGGACCUCCGGGGGCAGAGGGCAUGCGAGGACCGCGAGGAGAAUCGGGUCAACCUGGGGAACCAGGACCAGCAGGCAAACCCGGAUCUCAGGGAAAUCCUGGUCAGCCAGGACACAAGGGUGAAGCAGGUAGUCCAGGAUUACCUGGAUUUUCAGGUCCUAAAGGGCCGUCGGGUCCGCCAGGUCCAAUUGGCCCAGAGGGCAAACAAGGUAUACCAGGGCAAUCAGGGGACAGGGGACACAAGGGAGAGAAGGGUGAUAAUGGAAUCAAAGGUGACAAAGGACCCGUUGGAGAUCCGGGCAUUCCAGGUAACCCUGGGCCUCCAGGCAGAAAGGGUCACACAGGGAUGAUGGGUAUGUCUGGACCUCCAGGUGAAGUUGGUCCUUCCGGUCCCCCUGGGACCCCAGGACAUCCGGGUCUCCCAGGAAUGAGAGGUGAAACGCCAUCUCAGGAACAACUGCGGAGACUCAUUCAAGAGGAACUUUCCAAACAAUUAGAUGCUAAGUUGGCCUACCUCAUGGCUCAAAUGCAGCCCGCACACAUAAAAAGCACAGCCGGGCGUCCCGGUCCUCCUGGUCCACCAGGGAAAGAUGGAUCACCUGGCCGACAAGGCCCACCAGGAGAGUCUGGAAUGCCAGGACAAAAUGGAGCAGAAGGGCCCAGGGGUCCAUUGGGCCCCAAAGGUGAACGAGGAGCAAGAGGUGAAAAGGGAGAGGAUGGUGUUGGGCAGAGAGGAGAGCCGGGUCCCACUGGUCCCAUUGGUCCUGCAGGUAUGCCGGGAUAUGGAAAAGACGGUCUUCCUGGAGCCGCGGGAGCUCAGGGAGAGCCUGGUAAUCCAGGCCCUCACGGUCAGCCCGGACCGCCAGGACCAACCGGGCAGUGUGACCCUUCACAGUGUGCUUAUUACGCCAGCCUGGCAUCACGACCUCACACCAAAAACGUCAAGGGGACUUAAUAUGCCUCGUACUGUCCUGGACACUAACAUCUAUUUAUGAACUUGGAUAUUCAUCCAAGAACAUGAGAACUUUAUUUUGAAUAGUCUGAGAGCUGUGUGAAUGUGUGUGUGUGUAAAUGGCUUUUCACACUAUUAACCAUGUCUUUUAUAAAGGCCCUGAUAUACUUUAGACGCAGUAGAGGAACGAACUUUGAACUUCGCUUGAUGGCAGACAGAAGAGCUGUAGGCAUGUAUGCUCUAUUCAAACAUCUCUAACAUCUCUUUGUUUCUGGAGGCGGGGUUUAGGUGUGUGUGUAUCUAUUAAUGAAGGGUCGUAUUAAAAAUUACAUUUUUCA